GCGAUCUCUAGAACAUUCCGUGACUGACUGAUGUCGUAGAAGUUUCGCUGAUUAUUGUUCGUGUUUAAUAAAGUAAAGUUCAAGCAAAGCAAACAGUUACAGAUAACGAGUCACUCUUCACCGGUUCGCUCCACGUGUUAUUUUCGUAAGCUCCGUCAAGUCCGUCAUUGAAGCGUCAUAGUGCCGAAAUUUUCGACAGUUCAGUUAUUUUAUAAACAAAAUGGAGGAGGGCGGCGACGGCAACACGAUGAGUCGCGACAGCACGCCGGAGCCGGAACCUCCACUGCUGCGCGCAAUACCUUUGGAGUCCACGACUAAGUUCCGCACCGGCGCCGACGCAGAGCUGAUUGAGUAUGUGCGCAGCCGCCCCGUGUUGUAUGACCCUUCGCACUCGCGCUAUAUGGACAACCUGCUCAAAAACGCCCUCUGGAACAAGAUCGGCAGACAGCUGCGGACUAGCCCGAGCGCAUGUAAAGCGCGCUGGAACAACAUCCGCGACAACUACCGCAAGGCGCUGCGCAAGCGCAGCAUCAACGGCAAGCUGCAGUACAAGUUCGCGCACCUGCUGGGCUUCAUGGACCCUAUCUACAAGGGUCAAUUUGAGCUCAGCACUUGCCAAGCAGCCAACAAUAGUGCAAGCCAAUUAAACGCAAAAACAGAAAACUCAGAAGACAGCUACGACGUGGAAGACCAAGACGAAUCACUACAGCAAUCAACCAAUCACGACGAUCAAUUCGAGGCCGACGGUCUCUCCAACCAAUCAGAGUCCGUCGUAGACUACGAGAUGUUCGAAAAGACCAACGUCUCAGGUUCCUACCCCCAGCACCCCACGCCGCAGGCCGUGGACGCGUUCUUAGCUUCGAUUGGUAUGUCGCUGAAAGGCCUGAGUCCGUACCACUUAACUAUGGCUAAGGCCGAGAUUUUUGCUGUUGUGCAUAAGUAUGAGUUGAAAGGGAUUGUGCAGAAUGGGUGGGCGCCUUAUAAUGCUAAUCCUUUGCCUUGAGAUAUGUAGAACUUACAGGAAAUCAUGUAAGUGGCCGGUGUCGAUUUUAGCCGCAAAAAUGUAAAAUUGAUAGAUUUAGGCCGUGAAAUUUUAGACCUUUUGUUACCUAAUUGAAAUAACAAGUACUGGUUUCUAUUAGCACGUCUUCUUAUCUUACCUUUUAUCAGAUAAAUUUUUUGAAAACAGACUCACUAAAUUAGUAAUGUUUGCUUUUCUGGUGGACGUUUAGGUAAAUGCGUGUAAAGCACUGAUUUUGUCGCUCUUCUUUGUAAAUUUCGUAAAGUUUGGACUGCUGAACAUGGUAAUUUUGUAUUACACAUAUCCUGUACUUGACAUUUAUCAGACUACAUUUUUAUUAUUAUGACUUUGAAGUAGUGUAAAUGAAAGUUAGACGAAAUCAAUUUUCUUCAGAAAUUACUUCAAAACAAGUGACAAUUUCUCUGAAAAUCGACUUAAUUUCAAUCUAAUUUUCAUACUUAAACAAUCUACAACAUUUGCUGAAACUAUUCUUAUACAUCAAUUUGUAUAAUUUACCACCAUGAUUUUUUGAUGAAUUUUUAAAAACUGCCCCUUCUCUUCAUGCAUUACCGAUGACGCACGCUCGCGACCUCAUUAUUAAAAAGCAAGAUGAGAAGACGUGCUAAUAGAAAUCAAUACUUGUUAUUUAGAUAUUACGUAACAAAACGUGUAUAAUUUAAACGACUAAAUCUAUCAAUUUUACAUUUUUGCUCCAAAAUCGACUACGGCCUCUUAAGCAAAAAUCUAUCUAAAGUGCAGAUCACGCCGUACGUCGCUUGCUGCCUUCGGCAGGGAUACAUCCUUGAAAAUCACUGGUUUAAACUUUUACUAUGUUUACACAUUUUCGUACUACUAAUUUGAGUAAAUAAUAAGUCAUCCUAUGGUCCCGAACUGUGUAAUUUUAGAGGAAGAGAAAUUUCGUUUCGCGAAUCCUUCCAAGGGGUUAUAUGUGGAAUGGUGUUCGGAUAAAGUUUUUUAAAGGGUCAAUUAAAUGUUUAUGACUCGCUUAAGAUCGUUAAGCUUAUAUUUAGACUGACUGAUUUUUAAUUGAGUAAGUUUAAAAUGUUAAACAUUUGGAAAUUCACCAUUAUUUGUAUUUUUUGUAUUGAUAUAUGUGCCAUCGGAAAGUUUCCAAAAUUGCGAAAUUUCCUUAUGAAAAAAAUUCGGAAACUUCUAGUUUUGUUUGGGAAUAUUGG